AGUAAGUACUCCACUCGUCUUCGCGGUCGCCUUACAAGCACGGAAGCAGUAAAUUAAAACCGGGAAAUGAGAGAACCAGCCGCCGCUCCCGCCGCAUCCCUCCGGAUCUUUCCUCGGAUGUUGAUAACCCCCGAGGAAUACGAGCUGCGCGGACCAAACGUCGCGCGUGCUAAGUGUUUCUGAAGUAGAGAGCACUGGCGUGCGCGAUGUGGGACCUCCCUGCCUUGCUACAAAGGGGCACAACAGGGAUCCCAAAGGGACGGCAACACUUCUGCCGCUGCUUCCUUGCAACUUCGCAGUGCCGGAGGAAUGGAGACCUUUCUAGUGUCUACCCGUAAUUGCGUCUAACCUGAGAUCAGAUCCGACUGCUAUUGCGUUUGUUUCUAGCCGCUGUAGUUGUUGCUGUUAUUGCUAUUGUUGCUGCCUUGCUCUGCUGUGUCUGAAAGGAAAGUAGAACGGCCAAGACGAGCAAGCCGCUGCUCCACUCUCCGGAGUGUGAGCGCGCGAAAUCCCACGCUAUUGCUAGGUGGGUUAUCGACAACUGUAUGCAGUGAAGUCUUCUAUUUGUUUCACGGAAUUUCUUCCGUGCAAUUGAUUUGCUUCGUUUUGCCGCGAAUUUCCAAGGAAGACCCUCAGCGGCCGCGACUGUCUCGCGAGGUCAGUGCGGUCGCAGGACCUGCGGCUCCCCUGCCCCAGGGUCGCACUGCGCGCGACGCCUGUCAGUCAGGGGCCGGCCCCCUGCUCUCAAGGCGCGCCGCGCCAGGGAUAGGGCCCGCGCCGCCGGAGC